AUGAAAGAAAUGGAAGAAAGUGAAUCAAUUGAGCUUUUUAGUUGGCACGCAUUCAAGCAAGUUAAACUUAAAGAAGAUUUUGCUGAAAUUUCCAAAAAUGUAGUUGAGUAUUCAGGAGGAUUGCCGCUAGCACUAGAAGUCCUUGGGUCAUAUUUGUUUGAUAGGAGGCUAACUGAGUGGCAUUGUGUAUUGGAGAAUCUCAAAAGAAUUCCUAACGAUCAACUACAAAAGAAGUUAAGAAUAAGCUAUGAUGCUUUAAACGAUGAUAUUGAGAGAGAAAUAUUCCUUGACGUAGCUUGUUUCUUUAUUGAAAUGGCCCGAAACGAAGUUAUACAUAUACUUGAUGGCUCCUAUGUAGCCUUCCAAGAUGCAGAAAGAAUUGUGAAGGAAUUGGAAGGAAUUGGACAUCUUAAUAAAUCUCUGUUUAUUCAAAUUGGAAGGAAUUGUGAAGUCACCAAUAUGAUGAAAGAUAUCAUUUUACAGAAUAUGCGCUUCAAUGAGUAUGCUAGCUGUUUUUUCCAAGGUGAUAGUUAUCCAAAUUUGUUUGCCUUCAACUUCAGUUAUUCUUCUUUGAUUUUUGAAGUCCCUCGACUGCAAGAGUGUAACUUAAAAGCUAUGAUGUGUGUUGUCUAUUCUUCCACCCCAAAAAUCAUAGAAUCAGAUGGCCUUAAAAACAUGCUGGUGAUAAAUUACACAAAGGCCAUCAUUCAGCUCUAUAAGAGAGAGGCAUUAGUCUCAUUUGAUGAUGAGGAGGGUGAGAGAUUAGUUUCAAGCAUAGAAGCUGGAAACAAAGUAGAGGUUGUCACUAUGACAAACAAGCACAUAGACAGCGUUUUUUUUUUUCCAUAG